AUGCCGGCCGACGCCUUGGACCUCGACGCCCGCCGCGGCACGAGCGGCAUCACGCUCAGCACGGUGACCCCGUACACCACGCUUCGCCUUCUGAACUGUCGACGGCGUCGCGCAGGGGCGCUGGCCUCGCUCGGCGCGACGCUGCGCUCGCCGGUCUGGGCGCCCUCGCCACCAGAGCACCAGCCGUGCGCCACGGGGACGGCAGCCGGGCGUGGCGGUGGCGUCCUUCGGUCUCCGCGUGCAGGCGGAGAGGCACGGCGACCGCUGCUUGUCCGAGUGGUCGUGGAGGCGGCGUCCCAGUUUUCCUUCUUGGGACGUGCACGGCGAUUGGCGAUGACGCGCUGUCCCCGGCCGGCCAGCCUUGGUGCGCUCGCCAACCGUGGCGUCCUUCGCCUCGCCGCGGUCGUGGUCACCAACACCGUGGAUGUCCGCCGUCUGGCGUGCGAGCGGCCGAUCGGGAGGCGCGGUGACUGCUGGUUCUCCGAGUCGGCGCGUGUGCGGCCGUGCCGGAAAUCGCUCCAAACAUUACGGCAGCUUGUUCAUCCAUCACUCGUGGCGGCGGCACCGAUUGCAGGCAGCAAAGUGCCGUGGCUGCCACAGGACAUUCUGAUGGACAUCUUUGCUCUUCUGGAGAUCCCUGACCUCGUGCGGGCAGGAUCAGUCUGCGCCUCGUGGCGUGCCGCCUGCACAAGCCUAUGCAGCACUGAACAUUGCUGCAAGCUGCAGCAGACACCGUGCCUCCUGUACACUUCUGAAUCCCUCGGCGACAGGGCCAUGGGUCUCUACAGCCUCGCGGAGAAGAAGGCCUACACACUGGCUCUCCCGGACCCGCCUAUCCGGAGUAGGGAGAUCAUCGGCUCCUCCUACGGCUGGAUAAUCACUGCAGACGAGAGGUCCGAGCUGCAGCUUGUCAACCCCAUCACCGGUGAUCAGAUUGCGCUGCCAUCGGUCACCACCAUCGAGCAGGUGCAGCCGGUAUAUGAUGACAAGGGCACGCUUUGCAACUACGAGUACUCGUGGUACACUGCACGUAAAUGGGUCUCGGUCUCGAGCAACACAUCAAUCCUUGACCUCAACAAGCUGCGGGAUAAACUGUUCUACAAGGCCUUUCUGUCCUCGGAUCCAUCCACGGGGGACUACUUCGUGGUGCUCAUCCACAACCCACAUGCGCAGCUCUCGUUUGCGAGGUCCGGGGACGAGGAGUGGACAUGGUUGCCACCACACACUUUCUAUGAAGACUGCCAAUUUCAGGGUGCACUGCUGUAUGCCACCACUGCAAGGGGAGAAAUCCAUGCAUUCGAUCUUGGUGCCCCUGCAUUUGUGGCGAAGAUAGUUCUGAACAGGGUGAAGUUUUCUGCGUCCGAUAGGAUUUACAUGGUUCAAGCUCCAUCUGGUGAAGUGCUGCAAAUUAGGAGAAUCACUACUGGAUCCGAUGGAGAACUAUCUCAGUUACCCGAGAAGACCGACACGAUCGAAGUACAUAAAGUGGACCUUACAUCGGAAAAGCUUCUAGUUGAGGUUGCAUUACUACCAAGGAGCUUGGAAUGGAGCAAAGCUGCAGGGUUUGAUCAAUGA